AUCUCUGGUCGCAGUGUGCACAAGCUGUUGUUUUACUGUUUACAAACAUAGUGUCAUGAGUUCAUAGAAGGCAAAAUGAAGUUACUUGCUUGGGGUGCAAAUACAUAUGGUCAGCUUGGAGUUGGUUAUAAAUCUGAGCUUUGUGCUGAACCUGUUGAAGUGAGAGCUCCAACAAUUGACCCAAAGUUGCUUACAAGACUUUGUGGAGGAGGAGGCCAUACACUCAUUUUGGAUAAAAAUGGAAACAUUUAUUCCUGUGGCUGGAAUAACAAAGGCCAAUUAGGUCGGUCUGUGGAAGAACAAGCAACAUCUUUUGAACAUAUAGCAGCUCUUUCAGGCCAUCAUAUCAUUGAUAUCAGUUGUGGCUGGGAAACAAGUUUUGCUCUGACAAGGGAUGGGAAAUUAUUUGGUUGGGGCUCCAAUGUCUAUGGACAACUGUCUCUGCCAAGGGAUCAGGUUACAUUCAGUGCCUCACCUCUCCAGUUGACAGACCAUAAAGUGAAACAACUUUCAUCUGGUCUAAGACACACAGCAGUUGUCACUGAACUGGGUGAUGUAUUUGUUUGUGGUAGUGGAAGAAAAGGGCAACUAGGAAUUGUACAUCAUGGCCAGCCACUUAAAGAAAGUUAUACUUUACAACACGUUCCAGGCUUGCCACCAAUUAAGAUGGUUGCAUGUGGUCAACACCAUACCAUAGCUUUGUCAGUGUGUGGGAAAAUUUUUGUAUGGGGAGACAACAAGUUUGGACAACUGGGAUUUGAUCCUUUACUACAUCACAAUUUUGCCUAUCCUAUACAGCUUGAUUGUUCUGGACGUGAAAGUCUUCCACAAGAAUGCUUACUUUCAUGUGGAUGGACACACACAGUCUUAAGAACAGAAGAGGGAAAGAUAGUUAACUGGGGAAGAAAUAAUUAUGGACAGCUGGGCUGUGCUGAGAAACAAAGACUUGAAAGCUGGAAGCCAACAUUUCUGAAUGAUGUUCCCAGUACAAAACAGAUUGCAGUUGGAUCCGAACAUAAUGUGGCUUUGUCUGAUGUCGUAGAAACUGCUUUGGAAGAAUUCCUGAAGAGGGAAGAAAUGAAGUAUUUUCACUUUUCUACAACAUGACACCAAAGGACGCACAAGAUUUUUAUCUCCAAUGGCUGAUUACUGUAGGCAAUAUUUCCAGAAGGUGAAGAAGACUACCAGAAGGAGGCAACUGAAACCAAGAUGCAACAACUUUCAGUAUUUUAUUAAUUCCAGCACUGGACGAUCAGAGGUAUGCAAGAAAGCUUUCUUAAGUAUCCAUGGUGUCACAAACAAAAGGGUAAGGAGGAUAAGCAAUCUGCUUGCUUGUGGAAAGUCACCUAGUGACCAGAGGGGUAAAAAUGCAUCGGGAAAUCAAAUCAGUAGUGCAGAAAUAAGUUUGAUAAAGGUGCGAUUCCGAACACGACCGGCUGCAGGCGGCACCACUGGUUGCCAUUGUUUGCAAUGUGAGGCGUGCUGAAUGCGGCGGCAGCCUCGUCUGCCGCUGUAUACCUGCUUCGGCGGCAGACCGCACAUCUGGUCAGGGACCAGUAGUGCCGCUGCCGCCGAACCGCAUAGCGACCGGAGACUGCUUUUACUGGCCGAAUAUACCCACAUUUGUGUCUGGCAAACAUUUUGGUGGAGGUAUAUUAAACUCCUUUGCAGCUAUUUUCUUGCCCAUAGCCGAUUUCUGAAACAUACCGUUAUCAGACUCUUUUCUGUAAGUGCCGACAUCAACGCUAAUGAAUUUACAAUUUGCGUCCACAAUAGCCAGCAGAAUAAUUGAAAAAAAUCUUUGUAAUUAAAAAACAGAGAUCCACUUUUCUCUGGUGCCCUUAUGCGAACAUGUUUUCCAUCUAUAGCACCUACACAAUUAGGUAUAUUGCAUUUAAGCCAAAAUUCUUCUUCAAUACGUCUGAAAUCUGAUUCAGUAGAAGGUGGCAUCAACAUGGGCUGCAGCUUUAUUCUUAAUAUCUUCAAAACAUUUUUAACAACUCUUGAUAUGUAAGAUGGUGAUAUACAAUAGGCAAAUGAUAAAGACUGGUAAUUUUCGGCUGUGGCUAAGAAUCUGAAACAAAUGAAAACAUACAGCUAAUAUAAUUUCCAUUUACAGGUGAUGACUGUAAGAAGAAGUAGAAAUUUUUAAGGGACGGUUACCAGAGGUUCAAGAAGAAAAGCAAAUUAGGAACGGGCUCUGCUGCAUCAAAAAAUUCAAAAACAAAAGGACAAACAGCUAUUGUUCCUUGACAGUGUUGCACAACACAAAUCUGGAGGAAUAAAUAUUACAUUGACAUCAUCACAGACAACAAUACAAGAAAGCCAAGAAGACAGUGGAGAUCGAACUCGUCAACUGGACCUUUCAGCAUCACAGGAAGAAGAUACGGCAGAAACACAUACAAUAGGAAAUAGUGGUGAAACAUCUGUGGUAACAAACGAUGGACGUUAUGUGCCAGCACGGAAAAGAAAACACAGUAAAGUUCGUAGUAAUGAUGAUACAAUAUUACAAAUGUGGAAAGAAAGGGACGAAAUUAGGCAAAAUUUACUAAAAAUGUUUAUGGAACACAAUGAUGAUUAUAUUGACUUAUUUUUCUGUCACAUCAGCACCGUUGUCAGGAGUUUACCUCCAGUUUAUAAGGCAGAAGCCAAACGAAAAAUUAGUAUGAUCAUUUCUGAUUAUGAAAUAAUGGCUGCACAGUGCAACACACAUCAGCAGCCCUUCAACCUCCACAACUCUCUCACAAAGUCUUGGAACUGCAGCACAAUCUAAUAAUGUAUAACAUUUUGUGGACUUAGCGUCAAAUAUAAUUUUUCUUCUGCACUUAUUACGUUUCUUAGGCACUGUGGCAUUAUGUCAUCUUUAAUAAAACUGAGCACAAAAUUAAACUAUCUUUUAUUUAAACGAUAGUAGUUCCUGAAGAUAUUUUCAUCACCUAACAAAUGUAUUUUUAUCAGUACUGUGUAACUACCUUCUGCAGUUCUACUUUUAUAUAAAGGCAUAAAGGCAUUACCAGCUUUCAUUUUUUCCUGGAAUGCAACAAUAAAAUGUCAUCGUCCUCCUCUUCCAACAACAGCGCAAUAACAUUGGUGGUGUUAACAGACAUCUCGCCUCGCGCAGUUGUUCCUGGCAACUGCAUAACUUGUCUGUCGCUGUGUUCUGCAAUGCACCGACUGCAGGCUGCAGCAUUGCCAUCUGACUUCUGCAACUGCGGUCGGUCGCUGUCGCCGUGUUAGGAAUCGCACCUUAAUUGAUAACAUAAAUUCCUAUCCCCAAAAAAUUACUCACUAUGGCACAAGAGAACAGCAUUAUUUAAAUAGCCAACUUAAUGUCAAAAUCACGCAUGAGCAGUUCAGAUUACGACAUCCCCAAGCAAGUAAUAUUAAGUACGAAUUUUAUUUAAAAAUAUUCAAAGAACGUUUUUCACUUACAUUUCAUUGACCACAAGUUGACAUAUGUGGUACUUGUGAAGCGCUUCAAAAUAAAUUACGAAACAAAACACUGAAUGAAAAGGCUAAGAGGGUUGCCGCUGCAGAAAUGAUGGUUCAUAAACGCAGGGCUGCAAAGUUUUCUGCUCGUAUUCGUGAAGUACAAGUACUGUGUCAAAAAGACGAGGAUGUUGCAGGUAUUGCCAUAGAUUUUAUGCAAAAUUUGUCCCUUCCUACCAUUCCAGUUCAGGAAGUUUUCUACCCUUGACAACUCAAUGUUAAUGUAUUCAAUAUCCACAAGCUGAAGACAGGAUAUGCAACAUUCUACAUUUAUCACGAAGGUGACCAAACAUAAAAUACCCGCAUAUAUUUUCAGAUGGCUGCCCAGGGCAGAAUAAGAAUAAUACUAUGGUCAGGUUUGUCAUGGCAGUUGCAGCAUCUCAGCGUUUACUCAGAAUUUAUUAUUAUUUCCCGGUCAGGGGCCAUUCAUUCUUACCCUGUGACAUGGACUUUGCAGUGAUUAAGAGAAAAAUUCGAGCUGUUGAUAGGAUUUAUAGCAUCAUGCAGUUUGUAGAACUUAUUGUUGCUGCAAGUACCUUUAACAAAUACCAGGUUAAUGUUGUUUCAACAGAGUUUGUACUGGCUUUCAAACAAUGGUGGCCUAAAUUUUAUAAACACAAUGCCUUGUCUUUAGAAACAAUGAACAGCAAAGUGCUCACAAGGAAUGAGAAACAAUCCUUCACCGUUUCAGAAUUCAUGGAAUUUGAAUACAACAGUGAGUGUAGUGGGAAUGUCAUUGCAAAACCAUACAUUGGAAGCCUGGUGACUCACACUUUUCGUUUACUUCUUGAUUUAAAAACAACAGUAACUCUAGCGACAGCUGCAGCAUACGAAAAGUGUGUACCACUAAGUGACAAGAAACUAGCUGACCUCAAGAAAUUGGAGCCGUAUGUCCCUGAAGAGAACCUAUGCAUUUACAGAGUUCUCUACAACUGGCCUUCAGUAGACAGCAGAGGGCCUGACAGUGAAUAACAGACAUGGGUACAAGCAAUAUUUCACUAAGCUUGCUCUUUACCUGAUUGUAAUUUGUACUUAAAAGUAGUUGUUCAGAAUCUGUUAUGUACACAUAGAAUAAGAAUUUUGGUAAUGAGAAAUAAUACAGCUGAUCUUCAGAAACUGUUAUGUAGCCUAAUAAUAAUAAUUUUUUGUA